UCAGUGAGCCUGCGCAGGAGGCCAAUAGGCUGCCAAUACUCCUUGGACUCCCCGCCAGGGCCCUGCUGUCAGUGCGCCUGCGCGCGGGUCCGGCGCCGAGGUUCUUGACUGCUGUGCCGGACGCCAGGUGUAGCCAUGCAGCGAGCCGACUCCGAGCAGCCCUCCAAGCGGCCCCGUUGCGAUGACAGCCCGAGAACCCCCUCAAGCACCCCUUCCGCAGAGGCAGACUGGUCCCCGGGCCUGGAACUCCAUCCCGACUACAAGACAUGGGGUCCGGAGCAGGUGUGCUCCUUCCUCAGGCGCGGUGGCUUUGAAGAGCCGGUGCUGCUGAAGAACAUCCGAGAAAACAAAAUCACAGGCUCAUUACUGCCCUGUCUUGAUGAGUCUCAUUUUGAAAAUCUUGGAGUAAGUUCCUUGGGGGAGAGGAAGAAGCUGCUUAGUUAUAUCCAGCAAUUGGGUCAAGUCCAGAUUGAUACAAUGAAGGUAAUUAAUGAUCCUAUCCAUGGCCACAUUGAGCUCCACCCUCUCCUCGUCCGAAUCAUUGAUACACCUCAAUUUCAACGUCUUCGAUACAUCAAACAGCUGGGAGGUGGUUACUAUGUUUUUCCAGGAGCUUCACACAAUCGAUUUGAGCAUAGUCUAGGGGUGGGGUAUCUAGCAGGAUGUCUAGUUCGCGCACUGGGUGAAAAACAACCAGAGCUGCAGAUAAGUGAACGAGAUAUUCUCUGUGUUCAGAUUGCUGGACUUUGUCAUGAUCUUGGUCAUGGGCCAUUUUCUCACAUGUUUGAUGGACGAUUUAUUCCACUUGCUCGCCCAGAGGUGAAAUGGACGCAUGAACAAGGCUCAGUUAUGAUGUUUGAGCACCUUAUUAAUUCUAACGGAAUCAAGCCUGUCAUGGAACAAUAUGGUCUCAUCCCUGAAGAAGAUAUUUGCUUUAUCAAGGAACAAAUUGUAGGACCACUUGAAUCACCUGUCAAAGAUUUAUUGUGGCCGUAUAAAGGGCGUCCUGAAAACAAAAGCUUCCUUUAUGAGAUAGUGUCUAAUAAAAGAAAUGGCAUUGAUGUGGACAAAUGGGAUUAUUUUGCCAGGGACUGCCAUCAUCUUGGAAUCCAAAAUAAUUUUGAUUACAAGCGCUUUAUUAAGUUUGCCCGUGUCUGUGAAGUAGACAAUGAGUUGCAUAUUUGUGCUAGAGAUAAGGAAGUUGGAAAUCUGUAUGACAUGUUCCACACUCGCAACUCUUUACACCGUAGAGCUUAUCAACACAAAGUUGGCAACAUUAUUGAUACAAUGAUUACAGAUGCUUUCCUCAAAGCAGACGACUACAUAGAGAUUACAGGUGCUGGAGGAAAAAAGUAUCGCAUUUCUACAGCAAUUGACGACAUGGAAGCCUAUACUAAACUGACAGAUAACAUUUUUCUGGAGAUUUUAUACUCUACUGAUCCCAAAUUGAAAGACGCACGAGAGAUUUUAAAACAAAUUGAAUACCGUAAUCUAUUCAAGUACGUGGGUGAGACCCAGCCAACGGGACAAGAAAAGAUUAAAAGGGAGGACUAUGAAUCUCUUCCAAAAGAGGUUGCCAAUGCUAAACCCAAAGUAUUGCUAGAAGUGAAACUGAAGGCUGAAGAUUUUAUAGUAGAUGUUAUCAACAUGGAUUAUGGAAUGCAAGAAAAGAAUCCAAUUGAUCAUGUUAGCUUCUAUUGUAAGACUGACCCCAGCAGACCAAUCAGGAUUACUAAAAACCAGGUUUCACAACUUCUGCCAGAGAAAUUUGCAGAGCAGCUGAUUCGAGUAUAUUGUAAGAAGAUGGACAGAAACAGUUUGUAUGCUGCAAAACAACAUUUUGUUCAGUGGUGCGCAGACAGAAAUUUCACCAAGCCGCAGUCUCCCACCAGAGCCUCCCACUGACCAAACCUAACUGGAAACCAACAAGCAUGGGAGCUGAGAAAUGUAAUUUACCGGAGUAGCUCCUGUAAGACAGAGUAGGGAGAGGAGGAGUGAAGAAUGGAUCUGAGAACAAAUAGGCAGAUGAGGAGCACGAAUCCUCCCACCAGCAUUGUAUUCCUGGUAGUGCAUCAUCUUGUAACCCAAAAGGAUCUACCCACAAGUUCAGAACAGUUUAGCACAGAGUCAAGUAUUAGGAGGCCUUGCUUCUUACCUCUAUGGUUUCAGGUCAUUGUAUCACCUCCCUUUGGAUCUCUCCUCAUUUUGGGUGGAGGAGCUCCUUUGGCUGGAGCCUAUGCUGAUGGGACCAAUGUUAGAGCUUUGAUGCAGAGAAAAAUUUAAAUUCUGUAGGUACAUACUGUCCUUCCUCCCCUUCUUUGCCAUCUUGUAGACCUGGGCCAUUUAUUGCAGAGGGGACCAGGCAAGAGAGAACCUAGGGGUUCAGUGCAUCCUGUCUUUCUCCUGGGAAAACAGGACAGGGUUUGUGCUCUGUGAAGGUGUGUGAAGGAAGCCACAGAGGUGGACAGUGGUAUGCUGCUUCCGGUCAUCUCUGCAGAGGCCAGUGGCUGUUUUCAUGAAGGCUCUUCCUACAUAAGACUGUAGUGUUUCUAAUUUGUCCCAAGCACAGGGCAUAUGUAAUUUGGAGUUUCCCUAGAGUGAGGACACCUAGAAGCAAUCUAUAUGCAAGACGAGGAUGUGUGCACUUGAGACUUUCACUCAGAAAUAAGAUGAUGGAAACCGGCUUUUCUCUGUUCCCUGUUUUUCUCUCUCUUCCUAAUAGGAUGGCGAUGUUAUAGCCCCACUCAUAACACCUCAAAAAAAGGAAUGGAACUACGGGGCUUCAGGCCAAAAUCCAACUCGCCUCCGAGAAGCAUCCAAAAGCAGAGUCCAGCUUUUUAAAGAUGACCCAAUGUGAAUGUCUCUAGUUAGUUGUUUACAAACUCCCUCCCUUGCACAAUUCAUUUAAGGGCUUCAAUCAUAGAAUUCUGCAAAUUAAUGACAACUCAUGCUUUAAUUUUGUAUUUUGAAUGUACACACAUGCUAAAGCUAAGUAACUUUUAAUCAAAGAAAUAAGAUGGUAUUAGGCAAAUCUUACUAUACUAUGAAAAGCAUUACCUUGCCUAUUUUUAAUAUUAUUAAAACCUUUCUCCUUCAGUAGUCUAUUUUCUUAGAAUAACAACUCUUUUAUCUACCCUGAGUUCUAUUUUUUUUCUUUUUUAAGAGACAAGGUUUUGCUCUGUUGCCCAGGUUGGACUCAAACUUCCCUGGGCUCAAGUGACUCUCCUGCCUCAGCCUCCCAAGUAGCUGGGACUAAAGGCACUUGCCACCACCACACCCAGCUUACUCUGAACUUUUAUGACGGAUGAUUGUUUUUUGUUUUUAAUGUAGAAAUUAGUCAAGGGUACAAAUUUGAAUUAGAAGUUGACAUUGUCAUAGACAAACAUGGCUAAAAACAAAACAUCAAAUCCUGCCCCCGUGAAGAGUUCCCUGUCACCUCAAGUUUGAGGAUAGUCCUCUAAGAGUGACCUAAGCAUAGGUGAAAGACACCUCCCCUCACCCUUCUAGCCCCCUACGAGGUGCCAGGUCGGGGUAAAGAGUUGGAGAUGAUGGCCAGGAGUGGCCUCCAACACACUGGUGAGAGGCCUGAUUAGGUUUUGGGGAAGAUCUGAGAGCUCUGGCCUCCUUGUGAGUGGAGCAUAAAGCCGCCUCUUCUUGGGAAAUCCUACCUCAGUGACAGAGGAAUCCCCCAGACUAGGCUGUGCCCUGGCUCAGUGGCAGCUCCAGACCUGGGCAGUGCCUUUGACUCCUGAAUACUCACUCCCCCCGUCCAGAGGGCCUUCCCACUGCCCAGCCUGGAGAAGGUCUCCCCUGACAUGCGCUCUCAGUAUCCUGGAGAGCUGGCCAGAGGCCGUCACAGGCACCGUCCUCAGAGCUCCUCAGACCUGGGACUUUGUUUUUGCCGGUUCAGUGCAUUUUGUGUAUUUAAGAGCAAACACUAGCUAGGCAUGGCGGCCUGUGCCUGUAAUCCCAGCUACUUGGGAGGCUGAGGCAGGAGAAUUGCUUGAACCCGGGAGGCGGAGGUUGCAGUGAGCCUAGAUCACGCCAUUGCACUCCAGCCUGGGUGACAGAGUGAGACUCCAUCUCCAAAAAAAAAGCACAAACACUGCACUGACUGUGCUGAAAUUAGUGACCACCCAGUGGGUUCCAGGCUCCCCUAGGUAACUUCGCUUUCCCAGCAGUGGAGUGGGCACCACCUUGGUGGGACAGUGCCCCUGUGCCCAGGGAACACCUCAUUCCCAGUUCUAUAGCAAUUCACUAAGAACAGUCUGCAGUUAGAGCCAAAGCUGGUGGUGGCCAGAGGGUGCUGAAGAUACAGACCAGUGGGGAUGGGAGCCAUGAGCCCCGAAUGUCUCCCGCUCUGAUGCUCCCCGGACUAAGCCUCCCUGGCACACUGGGAGUGAGGGGCAGCCUGAGCGAGUAGGGGAACUCAGACCACAGGCCAGCAGAUUUCCCAGCAGUCUGUCACUGGCCACCGUGUAGCCAGAUUCUGUUCCGUCCACACCAGGGUGAAGAGUACUUGGAAUGUCUGCCAUCCUGUAUGAUCACCCCACCCCCCGUCCAUCCAUCAGUAGAUAAUAAGGGUUGGUUACAAUUCAUAAGAGAAUAGUUAAAACCCUUCUCCUCUCAUGCCUACCAUGGUGCUAUGUCAAGGGGAUUUGUUCACAUAUGGGCUCAGCAAUGCACAAGUGAGGUCAGCCAUGGCACUAGGUCAUUCCCAUUUUAGCCAAGGUGCCUCUAUAGGGGUCAGACAUCAUGUGCCCAGACCUAAGGUCAGGAAUGUCAUAUUUUUCUGUUGAAAUGAUUUUAUUUCUGUGUAUCUUACCUUUAAAUCGUUGUGGUUUACUCUGAGAUUCUGUAGUCCUAAUAUUGUAUCCUUGUGCUGUCUGCAAAACAACUUGAAUUUAUUUUGUUUGCAUCUUUUGUUACAUGUAACGCAGCUGUACUUUAUGUUCUUUGCAACUGUUUUCAUUAUGAGAACUCUGUGCUAUUUACAAGGUUACAUUUUUCUUGGCUAGGCCAGGUGGUCAUGCCUGUAAUCCCAGCACUUUGGGAGGCCAAGGUGGGCAGAUCACUUGAGAUAAAGAGUUGAGACCAGCCUGGCUAGCAUGGCGAAACCCAGCCUCUACUAAAAAUACAAAAAUUAGCCGGGUGAAAUUAGCCGGGCAUGGUGGUGUGUGCUUGUAAUCCCAGCUACUCGGGAGGCUGAGGCAGGAGAAUCACUUGAACCCGGAGGCAGAGGUUGCAGUGAGCCAAGAUCAGGCCACUGCACUCCAGCCUGGGGGUCAAGAGCUAAACUCUGUCUCAAACAAAAAAAAAAAGAAAGAAAGAAGCAUCUUGCUAUUUGUAUAAAAAUGGAAAUUUUAACAGCUUAGCCUCUAGAGAGUUACUGAACAUGGUUACCUUGGGAAUGUAAGUAGAACUGCAAGUUAAAAUGACUGGCCACUUCAACUGGGCAAGGGAAACAGCUGCAAUAAAGCUUCGUGAAUAUA